AGAUUUUACUUGUUUUUUCAUAUAUUAUUUGCUUAAAAACACUCCAAAUUAAAUUUUCGGAAUUCUCCGGAAGCAAAAAGCUAUCUCGAGCGAGAUAGCUUUUUUCCAUUUUAGAAAAUUGAAUAUUUCACCCUCCAACGGAAAAUUUCCAUUUGAAAUUCAAAAUAUUUCAAGACAUUCGGGCAGUUUCGUGCACUUUUGCAGAGGGCGCUUGUAUAGCAAAUUUACCAUUUGCUCGUGGGAAUUCCCGUGGAAAUUCCGUCUGUUUACACGGAUAAGGUAAAUAUGGAUCUCUAUCAUGAAAUUUACUUGGAAAUUGGCCAGAAAUUAAGGGAGUCUGGUCAAUUGGACGCAGUGUCUCUGGAUCUGCAGCAAAUGAGACAGAAGAAGCAGCCAAAUAGUGAUAAAAUUGACUAUGUAACCGACUUAUUAAAGGAGUAUAAUCUCUUUCCGGACUUUGAGAAUCUCGAGGAGCCAAAAAACGAUGCUAAAUCUGAAGAAUUCCGCCAGCAGGGUAAUUCAUACUUCUCCCUCAAGACCCAGAGGUACAUUGAUGCCAUUAAGGCAUACAACAAGAGCAUCUGUUUUGCUCUCUCAAAGGAAAAUCUCAGCAUUGGCUUAGCUAAUCGUUCAGCAGUUUUCUUCGAACUGGGAAUGUUCAGAGAAUGCCUGGAGAGUAUUCGACUAGCCCGAGAAAUGGGCUAUCCUGAUCGUCUCAGAGAGAAACUAGACCGAAGGGAAGAAAAGUGCCAUGAGAGUCUGCAGACUAAACCUCAGACUGAAGAUAAAAAACUUGUGCCAAAGAUCGAAUUACCAGUUAAUCCUAAGAUCCCUUUUCUGGCCAAAUGCCUGGCUCUGCGUGAAGACAAAACUUUUGGACGACAUGUAGUGACAGAGGCGGAUCUUCGAGCAGGUUCUGUAAUUGCCAUUGAAGAGCCUUUCUGCAAGGUUCUUGUGGAUUCAGAAAAAUACAUGAGAUGUUCUAAUUGCCUAAGUGAAGUUCCUCAUCUUCUGCUACCCUGCAAGACCUGCUCUCAAGCCAUGUUCUGCUCAAAAAAAUGCGAAGAAGAAGCCACCAGGGAUUUUCAUACAUUUGAAUGUCCAAUAAAUGGAUCUCUGUACAAGAUUCUCGAUCAUAGCCUCCUCCUGGUAUUCCGGACAUCUAUAUAUGCUUUCUGUGCCUUUCCUGACACUGAAAAUCUGGACAAGGAACUCCAAAAGAUAGAUAACGAACAGAAAAAUGUAUUUAGCCUGGACUGGAGCAAGGAACUAUCCUUGGCAGAAAGAUACACACCUAUCCACACUUUGGCCACAAACGAACACGCCCGGAAUGGAGAUUAUCUCUUCAAGAAGUACGUGAUUGCAUCAUUGAUGUUCAAACUCCUCAAGGAAGGCUCCCCUGCAUUUUCUAACAGGUUCCUCACAACAGACGCAACUGGAAAUGUCCUGAAAGAUGUCUUAUUCAGACAUUUGCUAACUGGUCCCACAAAUAUGCACAGCAUUCAUGCAAUUGAAGAUGUUAAUGAUCCAAAUGCACAAACGGAAUUCGGAUCUGCAGCUUAUGCCUUUCACAGCAUGGUCAAUCACUCAUGCAGUCCAAAUGUCACAAGAAUUGACGUAGGAACAGCUUCUGCUAUGAUAACCAUCAAAAACCUAGCAGCUGGAGACCAAAUCCUAGACAAUUAUGGCUAUCAUCAUAGUCUAAUGGACAAAACAUCGCGCCAACGUGAAACCCUCCGACGCUACCAGUUCAUCUGCCAAUGUCGCGCCUGCCUGGAAGAUUUCCCUCUAUACGCUGCUCUUCCAGCUCCAUCAAACAUCCCUGAUGCCCUCCCAUUGCACAACAACUCUUCCCAAUUUCAAUAUUCUCAAGAAUUUGCCGAAAAGGGACUCCGAAGAGUCAUCAAAUUUAUCCGGAAAUUCGGGCAUCUCUACCCAAUCUUUCAGCUCUGCUGUGCUGAAGAAGGAAUGAAAUUCUGCCUAAAUGUCCUCUGUGGCAAUAUCCCCCUUCAUCUCCGACACAAACAGCACAUCAAGUAAAUAUCUACUAUUUUUUUUAUCA